AAAGUCGCCAUACCUUGGUUAGACAUUCUGAAGUCCGUACCCUUCUGGUCACUCAUGAUAGCUGCCCUGGGAUACAACUACGGUUUCUACACUCUGCUCACAGAACUCCCCACUUACCUCAGCAACAUCCAGCACUUAGAUAUGGCGAGCAGCGGCUUCAUGUCUGCUCUGCCGUAUUUAGUCAUGAUGGUUGCAACGAUCCUCUGGGGUCAGCUGAUGCACCUUCUCUUAUCAGCUGAUAAGAUCUCGGUGCUCAUGGUCAGGAAGGUCUCCACAGCUGUUUGCAUGUACGUCCCGAUGGCGGCGCUGGUCGUCAUGUGCUUCGUGAACUGCGACGCGGCGCUGGCGCUGGCGGUGCUGUGCGUGGCGGUGGGCGCGAGCGGCACCAACUACAGCGGCGUGUCCAUCUCUGAGCAGGACAUCGCGCCCAACCUGGCCGGCACCCUCAAGGGCAUCACCAAUACUGUGGGCGCGGCGACGGGCAUCGUGGCGCCGAUGGUCACGGGCGCCAUCACGCAGGGCAAUCAAACGUUGGCUGCCUGGCGUAUCGUGUUCUUGAUUUCCGCAGCUCUGUACUUCCUCGUCACCAGCGUCUACUUGGCUUUCGCUACGGACAAGGUUCAGCCGUGGAAUUUCCCCAAAACGGAAAAGGAUUCCAGAAGGUUUUAAGUCGUGUAAUCUUUUAAAAUCUGAAAACAAUGGACCCCUACGCUUCUACACGCAAGCCACGUCCACAAUAAUACACAUCUAGCCUCUAAGUGAGUACUCUCAGCGGACGAGGGCAAGACGGAGGGCGAAAAAGUGACUACGCUAUCCAACCGGAGAUUACUGAGAGGUUGAAAUAAUAUUUAAUCCCCAAAGCCCGAAGAAUAAUAGAGUGGACUUUUAGAUAAACCGCAUGGCCCACGAUUCCACACAGAUUAAGCCACUUUGGUCGAAGAAACGCACUAGAGACUGAACUACAACCAAGAAAAGACAACUCUAAUAUAGAGCUAAGUACUUGAUUACUAUUGCCGAAGACUUUACACGGACUGUUACUAUUGCCAAAAAAGUAGUCAAACGUUGAGCCAAUAUUUAGACUACAGUGACCGGGAACUACUCAACGAUCCGUUUUGAAUACAAACUCCAUUUAUCUAUAUCACUGUAUGUUGUACUCCUGUGAUACAUUAAAUAUCUUAUGGCAA